ACUUUAAUUAAGUUUGGCCCAGUGUGUUCUCCGUAUCACGUCACCUGCUGUUUCUUCGUGUUUGUCGCCCCCUAGAGGACACACUAGGAAACACUUGCAUAUCGCAUACAUUCCUAUUGCCGAAAUGGCCUUUAAAAUAACCUCCAGACUCUGUACUUUACCUCACCAGGUGAGGUCCUGUCAGGUAACCUCCCGUUGUUUCAGCAGCAGCAGGUUUCAGGUGCAGCAUGACCCGCACGCCCACCGAUUCACCCUCAUACCAAGCAGCGGGACAGACCCUGAUGAGGUCGCCGUGCUGCACUACAAGUUCACCGGGGAGAAGGAGGUGGACCUGAUGUCCACCUACGUGCCUGAGAGCAUCAGAGGCCAAGGUGCUGCCGCUCUGCUGUCGCAGGUGAGCCCCUCAGGCGUUCAGGUGGAAGCCGGCCAACAGAAACACAUCCGUGCUUUUCCUGCAGGCUGCCAUGGACUUCCUGGUGAGGGAAGACCUGAAGGCUCGGAUCUCCUGCUGGUACAUCAAGAAAUACCUGCAGGAGCAUCCCAGAGAGCUUUACAAGGACCGAGUCAUCGCUGAUACGUUUCAAAGCUGAACUGAACUUACUUUAACACUUUCUGUCAGAAUUUCUUUAUUUAAUUGUAAAAAUAAAUAAAUAAGAUGAUUUUAUAGUGAUUUU